CAUUAUCAACUGUCAUUCCUUCAAUUUUGAUUUUGAUUCUUCAAAUUGUAUUAUUUUGGUUGAAUUGUUAUUUAUUGUCGAUUUAAAUAUUUAAUACGACAUUUUAAUGUCUUUUCACUAUCCACGUCGAGUAAAAGAUUUACCUGCUUUAGAACCGGACUCUGAUGAUGAAGAUAUUAAUCAGGAGAAGAAAAAUGGAGACGAACUUCAAAAAACCUCAUCGAAGAACCACUUAGCUGUCAUGGAAGCGCCCCCAAAGGUAUUUGGGGCAUUUAGCAAUAUGCGAAUGUUUCCCAAGCGUUGCUCUGAAUUACCCACACUUGAUUCAGAUGAGUCCGAAGAGGAAGAAAACCCCAAAACUGACAAUCUUAAUUGUGCUAUUCUAAAUGAUUCAUUUAUCAUGAGUCCUGUGGAAAAUUCUGUACUGAAAACACCUGGCCCAUCAUCUAGCGUUAAGAAAAAACGUACUGCUGGCAAUCUCUCAUUUCUUACAGAUUUUAAUAAAUUGGCCUUGAAUACUGACGGCAAGGAAAAUGUAAAUAAAACUGAGGAUCUGUUAACAGCAGUGGUAGAAAAUAUACAACCAAAUGCCGCUAGUACAGCAAGAAAACCACAUUUGAGCCGACAAGUCAAUUUGUGCCCUCUACAAAGUAUACAGGAAGACAAAAUGGUAAACGAUAACAAUACAGAAGAGAUUGCGCGUAAAAGCAAUGAAAAUUGUGCAGCAUCACUUUUGCAGCGUUUUAAUUCUGAUCCUACACCACAGAAAAAUACAAAGCACUUAGAUCUAGAAACACCACUUCGGCAAAAUAACAACACAGCACUUGUUCCUGCAAUAGCUUCCACAAUAGACCAUGUUGCUGAUUCACAAUUUGCUACGCCACAAAUUCGAUCAUUUUCGGUACAAAGGAGGCCACGAGGAUUGUGUUCAACGCAGUCUCAAAAAGAGCGAACAGCAAUUGCAAAUGAGUUCCGCUCACAGAAGGUACUUUUUCAAACGCCAAUGGCUAUAACGCGCGCACCCGUCGUUUGUUUACCCAAUGAUAGCAUUACUUUAUCACUAUGUGAUUCUAUAAAUGGUGCGGAAACCACGCCCAAAUCUUCAGAAAAUACUGAUAGGAAUAAUGAAAUUAAACAACAGGGAAAGGUUAAAUCAAAAAAGUCACUGGAUAAUGCUUUCUCAGACUCAGAUAAACUGGAGGAGACAAAAGAAAAGGAACCAUCUAACUCAAAGAGUGAAAAAGAUGGUAUUUUGCACAUAAAUAAUUCCGAUUAUACAAUCAUAAAAAAAAUUGGUUGUGGAGGCUCCAGUUCCGUUUAUUUGGCAAAAAGAAAUUCGGAUGGCAAUGAAUGUGCAUUGAAGGUUGUUGAUUUACGCGGUGAUCCAGUUGUGGUUGAAGGCUAUCUAAAUGAAACGAAACUGUUAGCAAAACUACAAGGCAACAUCUGUGUGGUAGCGCUCUAUGAAUACCAACUUUUGCGUAAUGAGUCGCGACUUUUUCUCGUUAUGGAAAAGGGAGACUCUGAUCUACAUAAAAUUUUGCAGACUUACACCACGAAUCUACCACUAUAUGUACUUAUGAAUUUCUGGUAUCAAAUGCUGCAAGCGGUUAAUUAUAUACAUCAAAAUGGUGUCAUACAUUCUGACUUAAAGCCAGCGAAUUUCCUGAUGAUAAAUGGUCGUUUGAAGUUGAUAGACUUUGGUAUUGCCAGCAACAUUGCACUGGACUCGACGAGUAUAAUCAAAUUUUCUCAGGCCGGAACAUUUAAUUAUAUUAGUCCGGAAGCACUUACUGACACAUCCACGGGAUCCAGUCCGAUGCGCAGCAAUCAACCAAAAAUAAAGAUAUCAACCAAAUCUGAUGUGUGGUCGCUUGGAUGCAUACUGUACUUACUGCUUUAUAAGCGCACACCAUUCUCGCAUAUUAAAAAUAUUUAUGCCAAAAUCAAUGCUAUUACCAGUCCAACUACAAACAUCGAAUAUCCUACAAUUCCUUUAUAUUAUCCAGCAAUGCUUGUGCACAUGGCAAAAAAUUGCUUACAACACAAUCCAAAGAAGCGUCCAUCUUGCGCUGAACUACUACAGUAUCCAUUUAAUAUGGUUAUACCGAUACAGAAUUUAGCGGUACCAUCUUCGAUUAAAGAAAAAAAUUAAAACUCCAUAUAGCAUACAUAUACAUAUAUAGCUUAGUUAUUAAAAUCAUGCUUUAGUUUAUAUUUCAUCCUUCAUAUAUGUAGGCCACACACCUGUAAACAACAAAUACUUUUUUACUCACAGAAACAAUAUUUAUAAAUAUAAGAACAGAGAAAUAAUAAAUAUUUUUUUUAAAUAUAAGUAUUUUGUUCGUUAACAAAAAAACUGACGUUGGAAUUUAGCACCGCGUAGAGCAAAUAGAAAAAUUAGAAGAUAGUCAAAACUAUUCUGGAUUCGAACAAAUAACUGUUAUAAAUCAUGUAAAAUAUAAUACACUCUCGUAGAUUGAAACGAAUUGGAUCGAUUUGUUUGUUGAAAAACUAGUAAAUAACAAAAAUUAUAAUUCGCCUUCUUCGAAUUUGCAUAGCUUAGCAAGAGAUAUGGCUACUCUGGUUUAACAUUUUAAAUAAGCCGUUACACAUUUAAAAUAUAAAUGAAACAAAAUUACAAAAAAUGAAACAAGUGAUAGUUCUUCUUCGACGAACGCAAUGCAUUUUUGUUAGAUCGAAACUUACUAAAGAAAUACAAAAUUCACUCUAUAGCGGCUUAAAUUGGAUAUCUUUCAAAUAUGAAAUUCUCAACGGAACCAUAAAGGAUACUCAAUUAUAUCAAUAUCUCAUCUUUGUAUUAAAAUAAAAUCAAAUAAGGUUGGAGAAUUGCAAAUGUCCUCUGGAGCUCUAUUGAAACUACUACGGACCGAUGCAGAAAGUAAAUAUAUACACAAUGAGGGGGCAAAGAUUAAUUACAGCGUAGUCAAUAACUGCAGUAAGGCUUUGACCUCACUAGCAGAAAAACUUCACCUGUACAUAAUUUGCGUACUCGGCUACAGGAACAUUUUCAGAAACGAAAAAGCAGACGAGUUGGCAAAAACAGGAGCAUGUGUAGACAAAUUCGAGGCAGUGCUAAUACCAUGCCCGUCAGGAACUAUCAAGAGAGAGCUUUACAGACAAUUCGAUAGUAUAUAUAGACUUACAGUUACCAUAAAGAGCCAUAUACCAUUUGGAGAAUAUGCGUUGCAAACUAGAAGGGCAUUAGGAAAUUGUUUUCCACUUUCUCUGUAAAUGUCCAUAACAAACCAGAAAUCGUAACGGAAAUAAAUAGUUUCAUAGAGUCUACCAAAAGCUUUGAGCGCAACGAUGAGACAGCAAGAAUAUAAAGGACCGACAAAUUGGCACAUCUAGCGCUAAAUCAGCCUGGAAAGAUACAUUUUAAAUAUGCAGACCAGUGUAACUAACAUAUAUGUAUAAAAUAAAAAUCGAUUUGUUUCGUUAUAAUUUAAAUAUGUUUAUUUUUGUUUAUCAUAAUAUAUCAUUCCAUCAUAAAGUCCUCAAACUGUUCUUUGACCUCCCUUUAAUUAGUUGAUCUGCCAGCAAGAAAAAUUUAACCAUUAGUAUAUGUUUAAAUAUAAUCCAACACUGAUUCAUCCAUUCGUGUGUAAAAACAUGCUUAUUUAUUAACGUUGGUAAUACUGCCUAAAUAACUUGCAUUUCUCAUUUAUUUAUUUCACUAAACCCAUACUAAGGAAGCAGCAAUAUAAUACUUAACCACUUCACCUUCCUCAUCAAAAUCAUAUUGGCUGAUUUAUUUUCACAUUUAAGAUUUGCUGUUUACGUACAUACAUUAUAUUCGCAUAUGUAUUACUUUUUUGUUUAUUUAAUAUCAAUAUUCUUAUUUUUUAGUGGCGAACGCUUUCUUAAUUGCAUUUCUUGUGUAUUCAUUUCGCUAUAAUUGCCAAUUGUUUUGUAAUGCAAGGCAAGAUUUUAAUUAAAUGUCUAUGUAAUGUGUAUAGUUGAUUGUGUUUUUAAAUGAAAACCAGUCGUUAAAUUAUUGUGUGCCAUAAUAUCAGUUUGUUUUCUUUACUCCAUAUCUUUUGUGUUUGUUUGUUAUGAAAAAAAAACGGAAUGCUUUUUGCAGCAGUAGAUAAAAUUAAUAUGCUUUCUUACAUAUUGCUGGGCAUAUGAAAAUACGAAUUGGAUUUAUUGCAAUAACAUUUUACUAAUUUUAGACCACAAUCACCUUUUGCUCAUUGCACAUGUUUGCAUAAACAUAACUGAUACAACAAUUUCUUGACAUGAUUAAAUGUAAAUUAUUAUUUUACUUAGGCUAUUCAAAUUAUGAAACUUAAAUAUCAAUGAAUGCAAAAACAUGAAAAAGAGUAAUUAAUAUCUUUAGCAAUUAGACAUUUGAAACUCAAGUCAAUAUUACUCGUUUCCAUUUGACACCACAGAUACUGGCUUUUCAUAAUACAAUUUCAUUUAAUUUCUGUUUACACAUUAUAAUUGCAUGACAUGAUUUUUGUUCAUAUUAUUACUUCUUAGAUUAGAGAAAGAACUCCACAUGCAGUUUUCUUUUAUUUUUUAUUUGUAAUACUCGUAUGCUCGGCUUAAAUGUAUCUGCUUUCUUUAAGUAUUUUAUAUAAAAAUAGAUUCAUUUUAUAUAUGUAUGUUUGUAUGCUUAAGUAAAUGUUGCUGCUGCUAAGGAUACAAUUGCAUAAGUCUUUUUAUGCAUGUUUGUUGUUCAUCUAUCGGUCAGUCGUUGAAGUCUGUAAGAUCUCUGCAAAUCUAGUUUCUUGUGUGUUUUCGUAGUUAUUCGUCAGUGCAAAUAAACUCGUUAGUUCG